UGGAUCUAACUUCGAAUAGGUUAUCAGUGGUAGUAGGUAACUUGGAAGCUCUUGCGGGGUUGGACCUGUCGGGAAACAAAUUAUCUGGUGAAAUCCCACGUACCAUCUCCAAGUGUUUAUGCUUAACAAAUCUGAAUUUGCAGAAUAACUUCUUUCAAGGAAUUAUUCCUCCAGACAUCACUUUGUUAAACGGUCUUGAAAAAUUAAAUCUUUCCCAUAAUAAUUUGUCUGGUAUACUACCGAAAGGGUUAGAAAAUUUAGCGCUCAUCGAAUUGUCUUUAUCUUAUAAUAAUCCAGAGGGAGAAGUGCCCAAAGGCGGAGUCUUUAAGAACAUCAGUGCAUUUUCGGUUGAAGGAAAUAGUAAGCUUUGCGGUGGUAUACCUGACUUGAAGUUCCCGAGUUGCUCUGUCCCAAUAAAUCCCCAUACGGAUUUGGAAACAGAAGAAAUCAAUGCCAAUCGAAGUUAUAGUUAUCAUCAUAGUUAUUGCAGCUUUAUUGUUUUCAACUUUGAUUCUGUUUUUUGUCACUCUUUAUUGGAGAAGAAGGUCUAAAUUCAUAUCACAUUCGACGUCUAUCGACGUGGAUAAUCAGCUUGAAGGGGUUUCUUACAGUCAACUAUUUAAAGCUACCAACGGAUUUAAUGAUUCUUCCAACUUGCUUGGUGUGGGAAGUUUUGGUUCUGUAUAUAAGGGUAUUAUUCUUCAACAAGAUGAAUCCAAACCGGUUGCAGUAAAGGUUGUUCUACACCUUCAGCAAAGAGGUGCAACCAACAGUUUCAUGGCCGAAUGUCUUGCCCUACAGAAAGUUCGACAUAGAAACUUACUAAAGAUCAUAACUUGUUGCUCCAGUACUGAUUAUCAAGGUAAUCCUUUCAACGCUCUGGUUUUUGAGUUCAUGGCUAAGGGGAGUUUAAGGAAUUGGUUGCACCCGACAAUGGGUGCCACGACUAACAACGAUCAGCAGCAGCUGAGGAUUUUGAACCUGGAAAAAAGAUUGAGCAUUGCAAUUGAUGUUGCUUCUGCACUAAAUUAUCUUCACCAUGAUUGUCAACCUCCAAUUGUUCACUGUGAUCUGAAACCAAGCAAUAUCCUUCUUGAUGAUGAUUUAACUGCACAUGUGGGUGAUUUUGGAUUGGCUAAGUUCUUAUCUUCUCCCUCCAGUUAUUCUCGUUCACUGAAUGAGCAGAAUGCAUCCUCAAUGGCAAUAAUGGGAUCCAUAGGCUAUGUCUCUCCUGAAUACGGAUUGGGUGGCCAAGUUUCUACAAAAGGUGAUGUUUAUAGUUUUGGGAUCCUUUUGCUUGAGAUGUUUACAGGAAAACGACCCACUGAUGAUAUGUUUACGAAUGGUCUAAACAUUCAUAACUACUCUAAGAUGCAUGAGUUACCAGAGCGCAUUGAGGAAAUUAUUGACUCACGUUUGUUGUUGGAAUUGACGGAAGGUCUUAAUAAUGCUAAAAUUAUCAAUUACGAUACAUUGCGGAACGAAAAAAUACACAUAACAAGAGAUACAAUGAGACGGAUUUUAGCUUCCAUAAUUCAGAUUGGAGUUAAAUGUUCGUCUGAGUUACCUUCAGAUAGAAACAACAUGCAUGAGGUUAACGUGGAUGUACAAGCAGUAAAAAACCAAUUUCUUCGGGUUGGAGUGUAAGGAACAAGAACCCUUUUGAUAAUCCAUGUAUUCGCUCUAGCUAAUAAUCAAUAUGAAUGUUCUGUAUUAGAGUCUAACCCUUUUCCAUCUUUAUCUUUCACUAGUAUUUCCCUCCGUAAACUCGUAAUGCAUAAAAUGAUGCAAAUUAUGCCAGUGUUAUUGUACUACGGUGGUAAAGUCAUUGGGUGAUAAUAUCAGUACCUGGCGGAGCCACAUGUUGCUUGUGGAUGGUCAUGGCCACCCCAAGAUUUUCAAAAUCUUAUGUACAACUACACAUAUAUUCCAUAAAUUUGGGGUUUAAUUCCAGCGGCCAUUUUUAGCACCAUCUGGAAAGAAAGGAGCUGUAGAAGAUUUGAGGAACAAUAUCUUUACAAAACUGACGACGAUCUUAUCUAUGAUGCGAAGUCGUUAAUAUUGGCAUGGGCUGCUGCAGUAGGACAUCGGGUUCAUUUGAACUCUUCAAAUACAGUAAUGUGUAACUGAAAUUCUAUUUUCUUGUAAGUUUUGAUGUUUUCUUUUCUUUUUG